GAGUGAUCAGCUAGCAGCAAGUCUCUUAGAGCUUGGACUGAGACCUGGAGAACGUCUGGCAAUCUGGAGCUCCAACUGUUAUGAGUGGGUUCUAACUCAGCUGGCUGCAGCUAAAGCAGGACUAAUACUAGUCAAUAUCAACCCUGCCUUCAUGCCUUCUGAACUAGAAUACUGUUUAAACACGACCUCUUGUAAAGCCCUUAUUGCUGCAGAAUCCUUCCGAAAACGAGAUUCUUUCCAAGUAUUGUGUUCUGUUUUACCAGAGAUCACAAUAUCCAAACCAGGCGAGAUUAAAAGUAGCAGUGGAGUUUACAAAUUUGACGAUAUUCUACAAGCUGCAGGGAACGAGAAAUUGCGAGAAGUGAAGGAGCUGGACUCCAAGAUACAGUUCGACGAUCCGGCUAAUAUUCAAUUUAAAUCGGGAACCACGGGUAAACCCAAGGCAGCAACACUUUCUCAUUUUCAUUUCAUCAACAAUAUGGUAUCCCUUAGCAACCGAAUGAUAGUACCAGGAGUGAAACCGGUGGAUUGUGUUCCCGUACCAUUGUUUUAUUCGUUUGGUUGUGUCGGCGGUGUUAUCGCAGCCAUUAUUCACCGGAAACUGGCGGUGUUUCCUUCGCCUUUUUUCGAUCCUCUGGCGACGUUGAAAGCUAUCGAAAAAGAAAGAUGCACUCUUGUUAUGGGAACGCCCACCAUGUUUAUUGACAUUGUUAAUCACCCGGAUGUUAAUAAGUUUGAUCUAACCAGUCUCCAAGGUGCACUUACUUCAGCGUCCCCAUGUUCAGCAGAGCUGUGGAAGGAGGUAGAACAGAAGUUGGGCGUAACAAACAUCAUUAAUGCCUAUGGAUCAACAGAAACUAGUCCGAUAAGCUGUUCAACAGGUCCAGGAGAAAGACCAGACAAGAAAUACCAUACAAUUGGAACCCCAGCUGACCAUGUUGAGGUGAAAAUAGUGGACAAGGAUGGACGAAUAGUUCCGGUCAACAAAGAAGGAGAACUGUACAUACGUGAUAGUCUAACGUCCUUGGGAUACUGGGGUGAUAAGGACAAAACUAAGGAAGUCCUGAAUGAUGCACGUUGGUAUCACACUGGGGAUAUUGCUGUAAUGGAUGAAGAUGGCUACGUCAGUAUUGUUGGUACAAUUAAAGAUAUGAUCAACAGAGGAGGAGAAAGCAUCUAUCCUCAGGAGGUGGAAGAGUUCCUCCAUAGUCAUCCAGAUGUCGCUGAAGCUCAGGUUGUUGGAGUUCCAGACCCACGAUUGGGAGAAAAAGUUUGUGCUUGGGUGAAACUAAAAUGUGGAUCCACUUUAACAGAAACGGAACUUCGGGAUUAUUGCAAGGAAAAUGUUAGUAUUGUGUUAAUAUAACACCAGUUGAGUACAGUGUUAAUAUGAUAUCAGAUGAGUACGGAUUUUAUAAUCACUUCAGCUGAGUUGGUGUUAAUAUGACAUCAGUUGAGUAAAGUGUU